AUGGCCACGAAAUUAUUAUCGCGCUACCCAUGGACAUCAAGACCGUUUGUCAUCAGCGCGCCGAUGCGCGUGAUGUCAGGCCCAGCACUGGCAGUCGCAGUCUCACGCGCCGGUGGCUUAGGCUUUAUCGGCCCCGGCAUUAAAACAACAGAUGUGGGCGUUGACCUCGAAGAAGCAUCGGCUCUCAUCCAGAAGACACGUUUCUCAUCGCCAGUAUUUAACUCUUUAUCAAAUCAAAAUUCACCCUUGCCAGUUGGAGUCGGGUUUCAACUCUGGGGAGAUAAGCUGACAGAUGCCGUCGCUGCGGUUGGAAAAUACAAGCCUUGUGCAGCUUGGCUGUAUGCCCCUAUUGACGCGAAGGAUUACGACGAGUGGUCGCGCCAGAUUCGUCAAGUAUCUCCCCAAACCCAAAUCUGGAUUCAGAUCGGUACUCUUGGAGAAGCGAAGCAACUUCUGCAGAUAUCUCAGAAACCAGAUGUCAUUGUUGUGCAGGGAUCCGAGUCAGGUGGUCACGGUCGGGCAACAGAUGGCAUGGGCAUCAUGUCACUGUUCCCAGAGGUAGCAGAUGCAGUUGCGAGCAGCCAGAUUCCUCUGGUAGCAGCAGGAGGUAUUGCUGAUGGACGAGGAGUUGCAGCAGCCCUGUGUCUGGGUGCUUCAGGUGUGGCGAUGGGGACUCGAUUCCUAGCUGCUGAUGAAACGCGCAUUAGCCAUGGAUACCAAAACGAGGUCGUGCGUGCGUCAGAUGGGGCUGUGAAUACAACACGGACACUGCUCUACAAUCAUCUUCGGGGUACAUUUGGUUGGCCGGCUGCAUACAGUCCGAGGACAGUCAUUAACAAAUCAUUCGUCGAGCAGCAGGAGGGUGCUUCCUUUGAGGAGCUCAAGGGUCUUCAUGAUGAGGCUUUGAAAGCCGGCGAUGAUGGAUGGGGCCCAAAUGGCAGGCUUGCAACGUAUGCGGGCGCUUCUGUCGGAUUAGUCCACAAUGUGGCCAGUGCAGAGGAUAUUGUGCGAGAAGUUCAGGAGGGUGCUGUGAAGAGAAUUCAGUCAUUGGGAUUUUAA